AGAGACAAAACAAAACUAACUUGAGACGAUUGAAAGAUUUUUUAACAUUUGAGUUCGUGUUCCAUCUUAUGAUAAUUGAUAAGGUCCCAAACAAAUUAAGCAUGGCUAGCAGUUCUUAAGUUCUAUGAUUCGCGAAUCAUGGAGAAUGCGGCGAUUGUGGAGCUAAAUAGAAACUGUGCCAAGACAGUGGAAGAGAUAGUGAAAAUCGAGAGAAAAAUCUUUCCCAAACACGAAUCUCUGGCUUCAUUCUUUCACGAUGAACUCAGAAAGAAGAACAGUGGGUUGCUUUAUCUUCACAUUGAUGGCCAACUUGCAGGCUAUGUCAUGUAUUCUUGGCCUUCUUCCAUGUACGCCUCCAUCACCAAGCUCGCAGUGAAGGAGCAAUGGAGGAGGCAAGGCCAUGGAGAGGCUCUGUUGAGAGCAGCAAUUCAGAAAUGCAGAACAAGGAAAGUUUCUCGCAUAAUGCUUCAUGUGGAUCCCUUGAGGACUCCUGCUGUGAGUCUUUACAAGAAACAUGGUUUCAAAGUUGACACUUUGAUUGAAGGCUACUACUCCUCUGAUAGAGAUGCGUAUAGAAUGUACUUGGACUUUGAUUCCAGCUGAAGGAGAUGCUAAAUAAACAUUUUAGCAUGAUCUGUGGUUAAUUUAAAGAACAGUUUUGUAACAGAGAUUGUUUAAGGAGUCAUGAAAGACAAGCAUUUAAUA